CAAAUAAACUCACUAAAGAAAGAAAGAAAAAGCGCGCGUGUGAUGUGUUUGUGUAUCCUCAGUGUUUUUCUCUCUUGCGUGUUUCAUUGAGUGUAAACAGAGUCUUGUCUCUGUGUAUUUAAGUGUUAAGACGAUAUAGGACACUACAGUGUGUGACAGUAAACAGAGCUUACAGGAGGAUCAAACCUCCACAGAGUCUCUGGAUUCUGUCUGUAACGCUGGAGAACAGCAGCAGAUCCUGCAGACCAAACUGAAGAUGUGUUCAGUUAAACUCGUCGACUGCACGAACCUCAUGAUGAAGAUUAAAACUGAACCCACAGAAAUCAAAACUGAACCCACAGAAAUCAAAACUGAACCCACAGAAAUUAAAACUGAACCCACAGAAGAGGAAGAUUGCACUGAUGAAGAUCACGAUUUUAUUCCAUCAGAUGUGAAGAGUGAUUCAUGUUUGGAUAUAGAAAUAACGUCCUCAACAUCAAAAGAGCGACUGACAGCACAAACUCUUUCCUGCAUCACCUGUGAAAAGACAUUCAGCUCACAGAGACAUUUAGAGAGACAUGAGAGAAAACACACAGAACAGAAACUCUUCACCAGAUCUGAGAUCAGCUUUACUACCUUACAAGAGAAGAAACUUCAUUCAGAAGACCACAGAGAGAAGAAGAAGAAGAAGAAGCAGUUUCACUGUGAGCAGUGUGGGAGGAUUUCCUCUAAUCUAAAUGUUCACAUGAGGACACACAGUGAUGAAAAGCCUUUCUACUGCACUGAAUGUGGAAAAUACUUCAGAACCAAAGAAAAUCUUCAAACUCAUCAGAAAGUUCACACUGGAGAGAAACCUUUUUACUGUAAUGUCUGUGGGAAGAGUUUUAGUGUAAAACAUACAUUACUAAAGCACCAGAGGCUUCAUACAGGUGAAAAACCUUUCAAAUGCUAUCAGUGUGGCAAGACGUUUAUUUGUUCAAGUAAUUUAAGAGUCCAUCAGAGAGUUCAUACUGGAGAGAAACCUUAUCACUGUAGUGUCUGUGGGAAGAGUUUUAGUCAAGGGUCUUCAUUACUAAAGCACAAGAGAAUUCAUACAGGUGAAAAACCUUUCAAAUGGUGUCACAAGACGUUUACUCAGUCAGUUCACUUAAAAUCCCAUCAGAGAGUUCAUACUGGAGAGAAACUUUAA